AUGGACCAGGACACCAACGCAGCCAUCGACCCUCGAAACGAGACUGUCGUCAUGGUCGGCACCAACCUCCAUUUUACCGACGUCGACGACCACUCUUGGUCAAAGGUCAUUCACAGGAAUGUCAACGCAAGACAAAGGUUUCGGCAAUCAGGACGAACGAGCGACGAGAUCAUCGCGGAAACAGACCAGAGCGGGCAAUCGGAGGAAAAGCAGAGCCUGUCCCAAUAUGUCGUACAUCCCGCCCUGAACGCUGUUCCUUCCCCAGUAUCACCUGCAGCGCUCUCCAAAGAGUAA